AGUGAGCGAGGGCGGGGAGAAGGGUGAAAACUCACCAAAAGCACCAAAAAGACCUCGCCCCAAGGGUACGAUCGCAUAACAAGCAUCCCUUUGCUUAAAGCAACCCAGAGUCCCGGUGAGCUAGAGAGAGAGAACUUGCUUUAGCGAGAGGAAGAAAGAGAGAGGAGAGGGAAGGACGAGAGGAGGAAGAAGAUGGGUCGCGGGAAGGUGGAGCUGAAGCGGAUCGAGAACAAGAUCAGCCGGCAGGUGACGUUCGCCAAGCGCAGGAACGGCCUGCUUAAGAAGGCGUACGAGCUCUCGCUGCUGUGCGACGCCGAGGUCGCGCUCAUCAUCUUCUCCGGCCGCGGCCGCCUCUUCGAGUUCUCCAGCUCGUCAUGCAUGUACAAAACACUCGAGAGAUACCGCAGCUCCAAUUACAGCUCACAGGAAGUAAAAACUCCAUUGGAUGGUGAAAUCAACUACCAGGAUUACUUGAAGUUGAAGACCAGAGUUGAAUUUCUUCAAACUACACAAAGAAAUAUUCUUGGUGAGGAUCUGGGUCCACUUAGCAUGAAAGAGCUUGAGCAGCUUGAGAACCAAAUAGAGAUAUCCCUGAAACAUAUCAGGACAAGAAAGAAUCAAAUGUUACUUGAUCAGCUCUUUGAUCUGAAAAGUAAGGAGCAAGAAUUACAGGACCUUAACAAGGACCUCAGGAAAAAGCUGCAAGAAACCAAUGCAGAGAACGUGCUGCAUGUUUCCUGGGAAGAAGGUGGGCACAGUGGCGCCAGUGGGAAUGCCAUUGAACCUUAUCAGGGAUUCCUUCAGCACCCAGAGAAUGAUCCUUCCCUCCAGAUUGGGUACCAUCAACAAGCCUACAUGGACCAGCUGAACAACGAAGACAUGGGGCACCCAAACGAGCACGGCCGAUCCGGAUGGAUCUGAAGUGCUCCGAUGACUCAAUAAGCGGGUGCAUGGCCGGCCCAGCAGGACCUCACCAUCCUGCGGGUGCAGGACGCAUCUCCCGGUCCUCUUAUGUAUUGAAAGUUUGAAAAAAAUUGAAACUGCUCGUGAGACUUCCCGAACGAUGAAGAGAGAAGAGGGGAGCAAUUCGAGCGCGUAUUGUACCGUGAUGGCAAACGGCAGCGUGGCGUCGCCGUAGCCUGGACGCACUGCACUGUGUGUGAUUUGUAACGGUUAACUUUGAAACCUUGGUGUGCGAAGCUUGGAACUUUAUAUAUAUGUAUGUCGAGGAUC